AGGGAGAGUGCAGCAGCGGGUCUCUCUGUCACUGUGCUUACUGAACCUGGAUGUGCAGACCCUGGGCUGUGAAGGAACACAGGAUCGGAGGAAAGCGUCAACAACCUGCAAUACGCAGAUCGCACCGUCUCGCUCGCCGAAAGCGAGGAGACUUAGAGCCCUGGCUAAUGAGCUGCAAAGACCGGAACCUUUGGUCGGGCUUGCAGCAAAAUGGAAAGAAAACUAGUGUCCUCGCAACUGCACAACUAAACAGCUUCACGACAGACAGGGAAAGGGUUGCGGCCCUCCAGGGUUUCACUGCACUUGGAGACAAAACAAACAGACCACAUGCUGAAUUGGGGGAAUCUGCUGCACAAGACCUCUUUCAAGGGUUACAGAGCAAAGAGGUCGUUUUUUCGUAAUGAAGGCGUGCCUGGCUCCAAGCCAUGUUAUUUCACUCGGUCCCCUCCUAUGCAUGUGAAAGCUGGACACAGAGUAAAGAAGCACGGAAGAACGGAUGUGUUUGAAUUAUGUUGCCAGUCAAGAAUAGUGAGAACACCAGGGACUGCCCAAAGGACAAUCUGUGCACAGCCAGAUGCAAGGAUGGCCCGACAGUGUCUCGUACAUGUUACCUGAAGGAGACAUCCUGCGUGGUGAAGUCGGGGGCUGGUGAAAAAGAAGACCCUCCAUGAGACAGACGGACAGUACUGAUUCUGUUGUACGUAGAGAUGCUAGGAGUCAACCGGCUCAAUGGCGCCUAACAACAAACUCAAAACGUACCGCUAUCUCGCUGGCACGUCCUUCUGGGGUUCCUUUUCAGCUGCGGCGUCCACCCACCGAGGCUGCAGAAGGGGUGGGGCUCCAGCCCUGGACUUGGCUAACAUUGUGGAUUUCUUUUCUUUCCCAGUGCAGUGGGCCCUGCAUUGGGCCUCGCCUCGCCGUGCAGCACAGGCAGGUCUUCUGCCAGACACGGGAUGGCAUCCCCUUGCCAUCAGAGCAGUGUAGCGCUCUGCCAAGGCCCGUGAGCACCCAAAACUGUUGGUCUGAGGCCUGCAGCGUCCACUGGAGGGUCAGCCUGUGGACCCUGUGCACAGCGACCUGCGGCAACUAUGGCUUCCAGUCCCGGCGGGUGGAAUGUGUGCACGUCCGCACCAACAAGGCCGUGCCCGAGCACCUGUGCUCCUGGGGGCCCCGACCGGCCAACUGGCAGCGCUGCAACAUCACCCCCUGUGAAAACACGGAGUGCAGAGACACCACCAGGUACUGCGACAAGGUGAAACAGCUGAAACUCUGCCAGCUCAGCCAGUACAAGUCCCGCUGCUGUGGAACGUGUGGCAAAGUGUGAAGACAGGGCUGGGGAAGACUGCCACCCGGGCCACACACACAAUUCCCAUCCCCCCUGGGGGCAGGACUGACCGAAGCUUUGUUUGUUUUAUUUAUUUCUCCCUUCCCAGCCCUGCCCCAUUCAGGAGGUUUUCUUUCAGUGAGCCCAAGAAGACGAUGUUGGAAAGCAUGGUGGUCUAUAGGUGUUACAGCGGAAACCAGCAGCUCCCAAACGUGGGUCCCAGGGCAUCCUGGGGAGAGGAGGGGGGAUGCGCCAGCACUAGACUAGGUUUGGGUGGGGAGAGGUAGCAGAGGGUGUGUGAGGGGUUGCUACAAACUUUUCCGGGAGCUCAGUCCUGAUAGGAGGCCCAUGCUGGGCAGAGAGAGCAGGGCUGACACCCUCUCGGGAUGCAGGAAGGACAGGAGGAAGGACAGGGCCUCAAAGCAAAAAGAAACCUCUACACAUUCAUCGGCGAGAAAACCGAGGAGGGAAACCUAUAGAGCUCCACUGGGGCCACACCGUCCAGCAAAGCAAGAGGGGAGCAGGCUCCGAAUCCAGAGUGGCCCAGGGCCAUGUUGAAGCACCAGUAGACCAGGCUCUCUGCUUGUCUGGCCGUAGCUGUUCUGCUUAAGGGAUAGAGAUUGGGUUCAAUUUGCCAAGGAAUGUCCAUUUCCUUCUGGGAUAGGACAGGAUCGAUCACGGGCUUGUACACUGGGCCAGUCUCUCCCCUAACAGCAUGGACACUGGCACCAAGGUCUGGUAAGAGCAAACGAUGAUGGAGCUGUGGGCACAGCCUCAAAAGCCUAACCAACGUCCAAGACAGGCCUCAAAGGCUUGUUGCACCCACCCCGCCCCCCAGCAGUACUCUCAGCAAUGGUGACACGGCUGUAGCACAGUUAGGUUACAAGAUUAUUACAAAUCGGGGAGAGUUCAGCAGAGCGGCUUUGGGUGAGUGGGUUUUGGCUCCCCCUGGGACAUGACCAGAAGGAAGUACGACUUGGGAGAGUCGACCUUGUCCUCUAGUGUCCCUGUGCAUGGGAACGCACAGCAGAGGGAUGUGAAGACAGGUUAGGAGCUCACACUGGGCCUCAGUCACUCAUUCUAAGCUACCCCUUCUCCCCACGCCCCAUACACACUCAUGAAACGCCCCUGCUAUCGGGGCUGUGUGCGUGUGCUCUGUGGCUUAGAGGAAGACAGUACUGAGGUGUGCUCGCCCCAGCUGAGUCUCUCUUCCUCCGCCCCACGUAAAAAUGGGCUCCAAGAUAAUCUUGCUCAAAAAAAAAAAAAAUCAGUGUAAUGUUUAUUUAAAAUAAAAGAGAACGUUUUCUAUGUCUAUAUAUCUUUUGUGAAUAUUUAUUAGGAUUUCUUGUAUAAAAAAGUGCAAUAGUAGCCAUUGUACAUUGUUUUCCAGAAUAAAACUAUCGGGGGGACUUUGUGUUCCUGGAAGCUCUCGGGGUUGAUGAUUGUAACUGUCCCACUCUCAGCAGAGGUGGAUGUUUUCACUGUGGGUCAGGCGCAUUG